UCCACCUCUUAAGCUCCGUUGAGACUUGAGCCACCACACCCCAAUGUAUCUAUCUGUCGUCAAUACCUAGGGAAUCGAUUUCUCUUUAAAAUCUAAUCUAAUCUAAUCUACUCUGGCUAUUGUAUCGCGGAUUCAUGGCGCCAAUGAAGCUCAAGCAGGCAUCCAACACCACUACUCAAACGCUUACCGGCACCGCCUCGCAGGAUGCUAGGCUUCUCGUCCGUGAGACGCUGCGGAUCAGCGCUAAUCUCGCGUCAGCGGCUCCUUCAUCUUCAUCCGCUAUGGUUGCGGCGGAGAGUAUUGGAUUGAGACCCGAGGCAGUGAAUUUUGGUUUACUGGACGAACAAUUUGUCGAUUCCACCAUGAGAUUGAUUUGCUACGAAGAGGUGGAUGGACGCCGGUGGAAAUACCUCGCCGAUAACGGCGAGACAAAGAAACUGAGAAAUGGAUCAUCAAUUCGUACUGUCAGUUUGCAAACUCCCAAGGCCCCUGUUGAUGAACUGCUGUCAUUUGUAAGAUCAUACGUGGUACCAGAAGGUUUUCCAGAAAGCGUUACCUCGUCUUACGUGCCUUACAUGACAUGGAGGGCUCUCAAGCAUUUUUGUGGUGGUGCAAUGGGUGUCUUCACAACACAAACCCUUCUGAGUUCACUUGGAGUCUCCAGAAACACUGCAGCUCCUGGGGCCGUUGCAAUAAAUUGGAUUCUCAAGGACGGUUCUGGUCGGGUUGGAAAAAUGUUAUUUGCUCGACAAGGGAAGAAAUUUGAUUGUGAUCUUAAACAGCUUCGUUUUGCUGGAGAUCUCCUAAUGGAGUUGGGUGCCGGUGUAGAAUUAGCAACUUCAGCUUUUCCACAUCUUUUUUUGCCUUUAGCUUGUGCUGCUAAUGUCGUGAAGAAUGUUGCUGCUGUGACUUCAACAUCAACUAGGACUCCCAUAUACAAGGCAUUUGCUAAAGGAGAAAACAUUGGAGACGUCACUGCUAAGGGGGAGUGUGUAGGAAAUAUUGCUGACCUGCUUGGCACAGGAUUGAGCAUUAUGCUUUCAAGAAGAAAUCCGUCUCUAGCAACCACUUUCACUCUCCUUUCCUGUGGAUACAUCUUCAGUUCAUACCAAGAGGUAAAAUCAGUUGUAUUACAUACACUAAAUGGUGCAAGAUUAACCGUGGCAAUAGAUUCCUUUCUCAAGACAGGAAAGGUACCAACUUUGCAAGAGGGGAAUACGAUGGAAAACAUAUUCAGUUUCCCAUGGUCAAGAGAAAGACCAAUAGUCCUUGGGCCAAGAUUUAAAGAGGCAUUCCAAGAUCCAAGCUCAUACAUUGCAGUGAAACCUAUAUUUGAAAAGGAAAGAUACAUAGUGACUUAUAAUCAAUCAAAAGGUAACAUCUAUGCUUUGCUGAAGGAUCAAGCAAAAUCAGAUGACGUCUUGAAGGCUGCAUUUCAUGCUCAUGUACUUCAUUACAUCAUUCGUUCAGCAAGACAACUUAAAUCUUCUUCGAUAGUUGAUCAAGAAAAUAACAAGAUAUUUGCACCUUGUGCUGCUGAUAUUGAAGCCCAUAUUGCUGAAUCUCAUAAGUUGGUUACAGCUUUAUACGGGCCUUUUAAGAGCAAAGCUACAGAACAGGGGUGGGUGAUGUCUGAAUCACUUCUUAAUCCAGGACGAGCACGGAUUAUAGAUGUGGUUAACUGAGGAGUUGGUCUUAUUAUCCCAUUCUUCCCUUUAUAUAUAAGAUAUGGGUUGUGCUUUUUGUAGCGACGGAAUUUUCAAAAUGGUUUGAUUUUUAUUUAUCAAAAAGAAGUUGUAUGUAUUUAUUUAUCUCGAGUUUAUUGAAAAGUUAAGGCGACUUGCAAUUAGUAUAGUAUAAUGAGCUUAUCUGAAAACACAUAUGUAUCUAGCUAGAUAUGUACCAGAAAAUACAUUUCUUCGGGUAAAAGGAGUUGUGGUCUGCUAGACACUUAAAAUCACAAACGUUUCCCUUGAGGCUCUUGUAUGAGGAGGAGGGGGGUUUGCUAUUAUAUAUUUUGCAAAGUGAGUCUAA